CUUGAUCUCAUUCUCGACUCGACUCGACUCUUCACUCGACUACCAGGUAUCACUCGAUCGUCGUCACGGUUGUCGAAGUGCACCCACAAUUUAUUUUUACUCGACGUCCACCAUCACGAGACUGUCACUCAACAACAAUCGCAUCGUAUCGAACCGAAUCACCAUGAGAUCCCAACGCAACACCAUCGACAAUGCCGGCACGCACCAGAUGAAAACGGAAAGCAAGGUUCACGCGUUCUUGGCCUCGCAGCGUCGCAAUUGCGAUGAAAUGCAACGAGCGGCGGCACGCGCCAAGGAACGACGCGAUAUGUUGGGCACUCAAAGGGACGCCGAGGAGAAGGCCGUCAACGCCUUGAAGGAGCAGCUUGACAAGGACAAGGAACAGAUCGACGGCAAAGCGGAAGAACGGUUGGAACGAAAGCGAAUGGAGCACAAAUUCCUCGAACGAGAGUACGACUUUCAACAUUCCGAGCUCGUCAACAAACGCCACAAGCUCGACAAUAUGAAAAAGAUGUUGGAGGAGGAUCGGAGCAAUCGCGCUCUCAAGCUGUCCAAGGAGCAAGAAGCCGUUCGUGGUCUUCGCGAGUACGUGAACAAUCAAAUCCACCACAACCAGAAGAACCAAGCCAAGGCGCCGAAAUUGGCCAUGAAACUCAUUCAAUUUGAAUUGAACGGCGAGUUUUCCGAGUGGGGUGUUUGGGCCAAGGUGUUGCAAGAAAAGGCCAAAGCGACGGCUCAUGAGGUGACCAAAGCCCAGCGUAAAAUCAAAGAGUCGCAAGCCAUCGUGAAUGGCUACGAGACACGCUUUGGUGGCGGAGACAAUGACACGGCCUGAGUGCUGGAAUGUCGAUGUGAUGGAAUAGAAUUCCAGUCAAGUAUGCUGCGGCGGUUGCUGUUCCAACCGCCCCUUUUUCUUCAGUGCUCUUUUGUUUCCACGGCUGCGGUAUGCUGCAAUCAGCACACGAUAUACGGUACAUGUGGGACUUGGAAAACGCAUACUCAAAUGAAACGAGAAACUCUAUUAGUUGUGAUUUGUCUAUGAAAGGU